AUGUCCGACCACGACGUCCCUGCGUUCGAUGUAUACUUCAUCUUCCAGAAACAGGAGCUGAAGCUUGUCUUCAACUCGGCAACCCAUGCAAAUGCAUACCAAGCAUCAAACCGCGAGGGCCGCAUCUUCGCCGCCGAGCCCACCGCCGUCUACCUCCCUCACUCUCCCACCAUGACCUAUCUCCGCGACAGCAGCAGUGGCCUGGUCAUUGGUUUCGCGACCCCCGAAGACGCAGAGACAUGGUGUCGCACCUCUAUCUUAGGCCAUCUCUACUCGUCAGAACCGUCACCCGAAGUCCGCAUUAGACGUACCUGGACGGACGAGGAGCUGGAUGAAGUGCUUCGCGUCCAACCCACCACGAAUGUCUUCCGAAAAAGCGUCCCUUUCACUCUACGCCCUGCCAUGCCACCGAGCAUCACUCCUCCUGCAAGCAGUCCCUCUUCCUCUUCUUCUACCUCUACCUCGAGAGCCCCGAGCGGUCAGUUUGCACCACCUCCGUGGGCGCAGGUCUCGCUGAACCUGGAUCCCGAAACUUCACCUGCUACGACAUUGACCCCGCCGGCUCAGUAUCAACCACUAAGCACAUACUCGACAGUGUCUGAUCAGCCAGCGAGGGGGAGUAUCGUAGCGUACCCCGGUCCACAGGCACCACGUGCACAUUCAUAUUCCGCACCCUCAGAGUCAGGGAACGGGUCCGCGCAACUUGUCGGGCAAAGGAAGCCUGUUCCGCAGAUUGACGAGCUGGGAGUAGCUCCUCUCCGACCGAGUCAUAUUUCACCGCGAACGUCGAGUACAAGUCUUCAUCGUGUAUCAGUUCAGUAA